AUGGGGUAUUACUUGGCGGACGAUAUAUACCCCACUUGGCCCGUUUUCGUGAAGACGAUCAGUUGUCCAACUGAGGAAAAAAGGAGUUAUUUUGCCCAACGGCAAGAGGCGGCGCGAAAGGAUGUAGAGUGGGCUUUCGGUGUGCUCCAAUCGCGUUUUGCAUUGGUCAAAGGGCGAGCGCGAUUCUACUACCCAGGUGAUAUCACUGAUAUCAUCCACGCCGCUAUCGUAAUGCAUAACAUGAUAGUGGAGAGUGAAGGCGAAGAUGACGCCGACGUCCCCGUCAAAGACGUUGCAGGCCCCAGCCACGGUGUCGCUAGAGAGUCCCACCGGCAGGGUGUCCCUCACGGAUACGUUGAGCGUCUUCGGACAUUUGUUGAUAUGCGCCAAAAAGAGGCCCACAAUCGUCUACAGCACUAUAUGACUGAAGAAAUUUGGUCAAGACACUGA